UCUCUCCCCUCCUUUCCUUUUCUUUUUUCCUCUUCCCUUCUUUCCCCUCCUUUUUCCUCUCCAUCCUACGAUGCAAUCAAUCCCCCUCCCGGAUUGACGUGCCCUCGGCCUUCCUUUCUGCUUCAUGGCGCUCCCCAGCUGCUCUCGUUGGCGCCUACGACAAGGUUACUUUCUGUACCUCUUCUACGUCAUCGGUAUUCUCAGCACGUUUUGCAUCGCUGCCAUCUGGUAUGGCGUCAAUUCCGAUCGCGACUACAUCCACCCCCUCUUGACUCAACUCAUCCCCGCCGGCCACUGCGCAUGCCAGACCUCCACCACCUUUCAAUGCUCCAGCUGUCUCUCCUGCUCGCAGCCCACGGCACUACCCCAACCUCCGUCGUCCCUCUGGGAAUUUCAAGUCGCUCGCGAUGGUAACAACGAAGCCUUGGAUCGCAACCAAUGCCAGGCCGCAUUCCCCGGUCUGUUCGAGGACACCGCCCGCGCCGUGAGGUACUGGCGAUCGCACGGCGCGCUGUCGACCGAGGAGUUGGACAUGAUUCGACUGGAAUGGGGCAUGGCACGGGCCUUCAUCCACCGCGGCGAAUUACAUGUGGUGGCCGCGCGUGCCAAAGCGGAGGAUCAUCGGCGCAAAAUCCUCGCCGUCUUGAGUUCCAUCCAUCGCGCGCUGGUCGCCGACGCCGAUCGUGCCACGCGCCCGGACAUCGAGUUUGUUUUCUCUGUCGAGGACAAGGUCGACGACGUCACCGACUCUGAGAACCCGGUUUGGGUGCUGGCGCGGUCCGCCUUCGAGGAGGCUGUCUGGCUAAUGCCUGACUUUGGCUACUGGGCGUGGGAGAAUAUCCAGAACUCCAUCGGGCCGUUUGACCAGGUUGUGGAGCGCGUUAAACGAGCCGACCUGUCGUGGCCCGAAAAGAAGCGCCAGCUAGUGUGGCGUGGGAAACCCAGUUUUGCCCCCAAGUUGCGUCGCGCCCUGAUGGAGGCGGCGCGGGAUAAGCCGUGGGGCGACGUCAAGCAGGUGGAUUGGGAUGACCGCACCAACAUCCUGCGCAUGGAAGAUCAUUGCCAAUAUAUGUUCAUAGCGCAUGUGGAGGGUCGCUCGUAUUCCGGCUCUCUCAAAUAUCGCCAAGCCUGCAACUCGGUUAUCGUGGCCCACAAACUGCAAUACAUCCAGCACCACCACUACCUGCUCGUUCCCGACGGCCCCAACCAGAACUACGUCGAAGUGGAGCGCGACUUUAGUGACUUGUCCGACAAGAUGAGCCCCUUGCUGAACGACUCCAGCCGCGCCGAGCGCAUCGCCGCCAACAGCGUGCGCACCUUCCGCGAUCGAUACUUAACCAAGGCCGCCGAGGCCUGCUACUGGCGUAGCCUCUUCGACGGGUACGCCAGCGUCUGGAACAGCACCGUGCCCGUCUGGUCGGAGAUCUACCAGCGCGAGCGAGGGCUACGAUACGAGUCGUUCAUCCUGUUGGAUAGCCAGAUGAUGUUCGAAUUUAAAGCCACCGGUGGUCACAUGCCUUGAACGAAUUACCUUUUACAUUACAUCUAACUGAACUAAUCAUAUGGACGGAGGGGGAAGACAACAUCAUGCAUAGUACUGGAGUUGGAGUUGGAGUUGGAGUUGGGAGUCUAAGCGCAUAUCUACACGAACAGGUGUACAAAGCCCUUGCAUACCCUUUGCUUUUCUUUUCUUUCUUUUUUUUUCUCAUUUCAAUGGUCUUAUUCCCUGGAGAUACCUGAUGAGCGUGCCCGGUUUUCUUCUCUGUUAUCUGAUUCCUUUUGACCACCAUCUACCUGUCCGUGUCUUAGACCGAAGGUUGUCCACAUACCGCUUGAUCACAUACUUGCUCAGAACAAAUAUACCCGUGUUUGAGAUUAUG